AUGCCACCCGCACCACUCCAGCCUCAGAUCGAGGCCAUCUUCAACGACGCCCAGCAGUCGCUCGCCAAGCACCGGCGGUGCGCGGAGCGGCUGCGCGCGCUGCAGCGCAAGGCCGACGCCCGCGCGUUUGCCGAAGCGCUCUUUGCGUGCAUCGCGUGUGUGCUGCCCGUCUUCAAGCGCGAGCCCGCGGCGGAGCGGGUGGUCGAAUUCGUGGUGCGCUUCCUGACCGAGGCUGGUGAGGACGAUGCCGGCGAGCAGGACGAGCUCAUCGGCCGCAUCUGCCUCCCGCUCCUCGGGCUGUCGGACGCACGCGACAAGGCCGUCCGCUUCCGCGUCUCCCAGCUGGUGGGACGGAUCAUGAACGCGAUGCCCGAGGAGGCGGAGGUGUCGGACGACCUCUUCGUCGCGGUCGAGGAGCGCAUGCUCCGCCGCUGCCGCGACAAGGUCCCCGUUGUCCGCGCGUGCGCGCUGCGCGCUCUGUUCCGGCUGCAAGACCCGUCGGGGCCGUCCGACGCGAUCUCAAGUGAGCUGCUCCGGAUGAUGGAGCACGACUCGAGUCCGGAGGUGCGGAUGGCGGCCAUCUCGACCGUCGCCCCCUCCAAGCCCGCCAUCCGCG